AGCAUGGAAAAUGGUUUUCUCUUGCCAGUAAGGAAGACAGCUAGCAACAGAUACUGAAUUAUCAGCCACAGGAUAGUUCUCAAUCCUCUCAUGAAUGGGUGAAGGCACCUUGAUAGAAAUGCUGAGAAGAAUUCCACACAGUUAUAAGAGGUGAUGAUAAGAGCGCCCAUGCUGUUGAUAAAGAUUUAAAAGCGAUACGGAUAUGUCUUUCACAAAUGGUGAAAAUAGUGCAGUAUUUGAUUCUCUCCAAUUAGCUAUUAGAUGACUCUGGGAUAGUGUCCAACAAAAUAAAUCUACUCUUUUUCAAAUUCAGAUACAUAUUUCUUUUUAGACUCAAAAUACGAAUAUUUCACAUUAUGAAGUCAUCCAGGAGAAUUGAAUCACUCCUCUGUAAAAGGACUAUUUCUUCUAAGAGGAAAUGUAAUGGAGCAGAAAGCCAGAAAGUCAGAAGGUUUCAAGUAAACCAGCGGCCUCACAUCUUUUCCAGAUUGUAAAGUAGCAGACUUUUAAUAAUUACAUAUACAUAGAAGAUAGUUUUUAGGAAGCUGGUUGUACAUACAUACCUUUUGAGGGAAAAUUUUUGGAGGCAAGAUACAACCUCAGCGUUGUAGAGCGAAAGCAAUUAAGACAUGAAAAAAACAGUAUCAGAUUCAAAUACCAUUAUGUAUGGUGAGAGCUGCAGAGUGAAACGCUCACGUUGGCUUCUAACAGAUUAUGAGACUUUAUGGCCUUCUAACAGAUUAUGAGACUUUUAUGGCAAAGGUUGAAGUCACACGUCCUUUGAGGUUAAAAGUAUGAUAGAUUUGGUGUGAUGGCACUCUCUAUAUCAGGGCAGUACAUGUGAUGGCAGAAGGAAAAAAAAAUUAGAGUUUUUGCUACAAAUCUUGAAUUCUACCAAACCAUUACUAGACUUGUAAGUGAGGUUUUCCGACCAACCGUCACUAAUCUCCAACUUACACAAUGAAAGACUUGUAAGUGAAACAAUCAGAUCUAUACCGCAUAAAGAAUUUCUAUAAUAUCCCAUCUCACUGCCAAUUUCAAGUUGAUUAUUCAAUAUAGAAUAAUAAUUCUGAAUAGAAGGUCAACCAAAGUUGAUAAUCUGUCCAUUCUUGUACUAUGAACUAUGGAGGCAGGAGGAUUAGGAUGAUUGCGUAUUGACUAGCAGAAUUCUAAUCCGCCCGCCCCCAUUACUAUUAAAUAAAUGGCAUUCACCAAGUUAAAUUUGGAAAAGUGCAAUUGGGUUGGGCUGGCCUUGUCGGAUCAUGGGCCUCAAGAAAACUAGUCCGGCGUGGGUACCGACAGAGGCGAUCCAGACAAACAUUCAGGUCUUGUCGUCCGUCACUGGCAGAGAUUGUUCUCGGUACUCUCCUAUGGUUUUCAGAACACCUCCUCGUAGUGCUGCAACGGCGGCGUUUUCAUCGUCAUCGUCUUCGACAACUGCCCCAAAAGGUAAACUCUCAUCCUUGUUCACAAAUCCUGCAAGACCCACUUCUUCAAAUCCUGAAACUUUGCCUGAAACCGUAAAUCCAAAUGUACAACCAAUAACCGCCCAGCUUAAGAAUUGCCUCCAAACAAACCGUAAAACGGGUAAUUUUACUCUUACCGAAGCUAUGCAUCACUUCGAUAAAAUGAUUCAAAUGCAGCCCAGUCCUCCAAUGUCAAAAUUCAAUGCCUUAUUAGGUGUACUUGCUAAGAGUAAGCAUUACAAUGAUGUUAUUUCACUUCAUAAUAGAAUGACUUUGGCUGGGUUGUUGCCUGGUUUCUUCACGCUGAAUAUUUUGCUUAAUUGCCUUUGCAAUGUGAAUCGGGUCGGUGAUGGUUUUGCGGUUGUAGGAAAUAUUAUGAGGAAGGGUUUUAGACCAAAUCGUUGGACUUAUACACCCUUGAUUAAGGGUUUAUGUCAGGAAAAUAGAAUCGGGGAGGCAACCAGCUUGUUUAAGAAAAUGAUAAAGAUAGGUUGUCAGCCUGACGUUGUUUCUUCUUCUGUCUUGCUUAAUGGGUUGUGUCGAACCGGAAAUACGGCUAUUGCACUCAAGUUGCAUGAAGAAACAACAAUGGGGAAAGGUGGAUUUGGCAUUAAUUGUAAGCCAAAUGCGUUUUGGUAUGGGAUUAUUAUUGAUGGGCUUUGUAAAGAUGGAUUGGUAGAUAAGGCUAAAGAGCUUUUCUCAGAGAUGGAAUAUGCGGGAAUUCCUCCUCAUGCGGUUGUUUAUAGCUCUCUAAUCCAUGGUUUGUGCUAUGAUGAAAAAUGGGAAGAGGCUAAAGGUUUGUUCAAUAAGAUGGUAGAUCAAGGGGUCCGGCCUAGUGUGGUAACAUUCAAUUUAUGGAUAGAUGCGCUUUGCAAGAACGGAAAGGUGAAAGAAGCUAAUGAUUUGUUGAAACUGAUGAUUCAGAGAGGUGAGAGUCCCGACUCAAUUACCUACAACAGUUUGAUGGGCGGCUACUGCAUGGUAGGUAGGCUUGAUGAAGCAAAAAAGCUAUUUCUUUCUAUGCCAAGGAAAGGGUGUGACCGUAGUUCUCACAGCUUUUGUGUGUUGAUCAAUUGGUAUUGCAAGAAGGGGAAGAUUAAGGAAGCUUUGGAUCUAUUUAGUGAAAUGAUUCACGAGGGAGUUAAGCCAGAUGUAAUUAUGUAUAACACCUUAUUAACUGGUCUUCUCCAGGCAGGUAAGAUUGAGGAUGCAAAGAGGAUGCUCAAUCAGAUGAAACUUCAAUAUCUGUCACCUAAUUCAACAACAUAUUCAAUUGUUUUGACGGGGCUUUGCAAGAAUAAUUGCGUUCCAGAGGCUUUGGAAUUGUUUCGUCAUUUAGAAAACUGUAAGUUUGGACUCACCAUUGAAAACUUCAACUGCCUCGUUAAUGGUUUGUGUAAAUCUGCAAAGCUUGAAAAUGCUUUGGAGCUGUUUCACAGAUUGCCACAUAUGGGCCUUGUGCCGAGUGUAAGAACUUAUACGAUUAUGAUCUCUGCGCUCUGUAAAGAAGGAAAAUUAAAAGAAGCAAAUGAUUUAUUUCUACAAAUGGAAGGAAAGGGUUGUGCUCCAGAUAUAGUUACAUAUAAUACACUUAUGGGUGGUUUCUGUCAAAAUGGUGAGUUAUCAAAAGUGGUUGAACUUCUUCACGAAAUGGUGGGGCGAGAUUUGUUACCAGAUGCUUCUACAUUCUCCAUUGUAGUAGACUUACUCUCAAAGGAUGAAAAAUAUCGUGAAUGUUUGAACUUACUUCCAACUUUUCCUGCCCAAAAACCAGUUGGAAAGAUGACAUGAUUGUUUUUGAAGUUGCUAACCAAUACUUUCUUCAAAACUUCUUCAAUUGGUAACCCUUUGGUUGAAGUUAUUUAUUCAACCAGAUCAUGGAAUGUGAAGGCAACUAGAAAAGGCAAAUGGUUUGUUUUCAAAAAUUGGGAGGAAAGGGAUGUGCUCCAGACAUAUAAUAGGCUUAUGCGUGGUUACUGUGAAAAUAGUGAGUCAUCAUUAGUGGUUGAACUUCUUCGAAAGAUGGUGGAGAUAGGUAUGUUACCAGAUGCCACCGUAUUCCUCCACUGUCAAAGAGUUGCUAGAAUGAGAAUGAUGUGAAGGCAAACCAACUUUCAACUUUCGCUGCCGGAAAAGGUGACAUGAAUAACUGUAAGUUGCUACUUGUUAGCCUGAGCUUUCAGCAAAACUUCUUCACUUUGAAAUGCUUUGGAAAUUGGAAUUCCGAUGAAGGUUAUUUUUUCAAUCAGAAUGCAUGGAACCUGAAGGUUGUUGUAUUUAAAGUUAAAAUACAAGGGAUGGGAUUAGCUUGUAAUAUCUACCUAAAGGCUAUAUCAAUAGGAUUGAAUUUGUAUAACCCAGAUGAAUAAAUAUACCACCUCUCUGAAUGAAGAAGAUUGUGUUUGAUCAUGGAUCAUAGGCAUUAUAAAAUUUGUACUGGCAUGUGUAUUUAUCUCUUGGUUGCUCGAACUGUGAAAGAGUGGUAAAUACUGCUGUUUAACAUAAAGAAAUCACAGCUUUAUUA